UGGUAGCGUUUUUAAGUGCGAGGUAUUUGGGAAAUUUUCUUCCAUAAGUUGGAAAGCCUAGGAAGACGAGAAUUUGACAUAGCCUCAUGGCUUUCCUUACUUUUCUGUUGGAGCUAGUACAAUAAGGUAAGGUUUUCGUUGCACUUCGUGCUAGUAUUUUUUAGAAUUUUAAAUAUUACAACCAUUCUUCAAAGAUCGCGUUCAAGUUUUGUGCUAAAUUCCAGUAGAUUUCAUGUAGCUGCAUGAUACCUGGAUUCAUUGAAUCCUUCUGUGUCGAGGACUGACUUUUUUAUUUUGUUUGGGACAUUCAACACCAGAUAUUACACGAUUAAAAACCAGGACAGAUCUCGGUGUUUCAAUGAUCAAAAACUUGUGAUUUUCUUCCAGCCUCAAUAAUUUGUAUUAUGUUUCAUGUAGCAAUCUCAUAGUGUCUACACUGGUGGCUAUUAUGGGUACAGUGGAAGACAUGUAUUCAUUGUAAAUGUACAGGGCUACCCAAAAAUUCAGCUAGGAUGUAUGGUCGAUGUUAAACUUCACAUAUCCUGGAAAGUUAACUUACAAACUACCUACACAUAUGAUGAAGAUCUGGUCUCUUAUAAAGGAUAGGGUGCUGGCUCUUUGCUCACCCAGAAGGGCACAAAUUUGCAGCAAAAUUACUCAUCACUUAAUAAUAUGUGCUUUUCUAUUUAAAUCAGUGGCUGACGUAUGCCACUUUCUUUCUUUUGAUCUAUUUAGAAUAAAGCCCCUUGAACUAAAUUAUGAGGAAUACCACAGUGAUAUGUAUUUUGUUACCACAUUUUACAUACUUUUUCAAUUGUGUGUUACAAACAUUAAAGUGAAAUAAAUACUAAUUCUUGUACAGAUGAAUACUUAAUUCAAUACAGACUAUUGCCCAUUAUUAGCGAUUAUUGCUCCUACACUUGUUAACAAGAACUUGGUCUUGUUGGCGUUCAUUGUGAGUGUUUGGUAAUCCAUAUAUCAAUGGAGACACUCUCUGCAACUAUCUUUGUGAAGAAAAUACCAAUCCUUUCACCCUUACUUAAUAUCAUUCAUACAGGCAUGGAUGAGAACCAGCAGCAAAGCAAAGUAAACAAAAGUGCAGAUGAAAGGUAUCUGUUGUGCUUAAUUUUUGUCCUUGGUGUAAAAAUCAGUUUCCUUUGGUUUUGUUAAUGAUAUGAAUGAAAAAUGCAUUUUGUGUAAAGAAAGAUAAAAUUUAGCUCCUAGCCUAAGUUAUUGUGAGAUGAUAUGUUACUAUAAAUUUGGCCUCUUUUAAAAGUAGAAGAAUAAACUAAAGAUAAAACUAAACCACGGCAUACCUAUACUAAACCCUCAGCCUAUUUGUAUCAAUAUUGUUAUUUUUUCUGGUGUUUACCCAAUAGAUUCAAUCCACUUACAGACAAAGAUGGUGCCUGUACAUUUCACCUUUAUUCUUAGGGUAAGACACAUGUAGAAAGCAAUAUUUCACAAAACAACAACAUUAUUUAUGAAAAUUUAAAAUUUUUCAGAUUUUUUUCUGCUUGACUUUUUGAGUGGUUCCAGGAUUUUCUUGUGCAAAGAGUUCUAGGUGAAUGUACUAGUCACCAUGAUUUUUGGGAUGAUGGUUUACAUUGAUUUCUGUACUCUACAUUCAUCAUUGAAGUACCAAUUAAUUCCUUUGCCAUCAGUAAUUGCUUUAAAUAUACUGUGUCAGAAAUCACAGCACUGUGCCCCAAAAUUGAAUGUUGUCCAGGGCACAAUUUCAUAUUUUUGAGCAAGCCAAAGGUAAAAAUCAAACAAGACCACACAGACAUCAUCUAUGAGACAACAUUACUAUGUAUAUAAUGUUUAUAUAGUUUGUUAUGUAAAAGCUACUCUAUUCAUUAAAUCAGUGUCAACACUCUCUCUCACUCUCCCUUGUAGCAGAUAUAAUUUUUAGCCAACUUGAGAAAAAGUGGCCUAAAAUGGACCCUUUUGGACAUCCAAACUUUUAAAUUUCCAGGGAAAGGUUCCCCAGACUUUGCUAUCCAAGUGGGAAUAAAUGGCUGCCACACUGUCAUUUUUGUCCCUCCCAGCUGCUCAAAUGUUGUCCCUCCUUUCCGCAAUCUUACCAAAGCCCCCAUAUGUGUAGUAAUAAAAACAUUGAAGUGUAGUGUGCUAUCUAAGCAAGAGAUGAUAAUCAUGCACACUUUUAAGUGAGUCAUCCUAGCAGAUGUUUGGUGAGGUAUUGCAUUCUGUGCUCAAAAUCUAGUUCACAUAGACCUGGGGAAAAAGAAUAGGGUGUAAUAGUCAGGUCGGUGAAUUGCCACAAGCUUUAGUUUGAUACCACUACUCAUUUGGUUAUCUAUCUUGCCAGUACUCUUUCUGGUUAUUUUUGCCAGGGGGUAGUUUUUUAAUUUUUGAAUUAGGGUUCUAGCCUAAGUAUGUCUAAGUUUCUACACUUGUUGUUUAGUCUUGUGAUUUCUUGCUUUAGGAAGUGAGGUAAAAUUGUUUGAAUUUGUUUUUUUGUUACAGCCACUUGAGUCUGUAAAUGGAAAUAAAACACAUAAAAAUGAUGGUAAGGAACACAUUACUUGCACUAUAAAGUACUGAAAGUAAUUUGCAACUCUCCACAUUUGUUAUUUACAAUUGAUAUGCUUUGCACAGCUGUUGUGUGAUAAGUGAAGAAGUUAACUGUAUUUCAAAAAUUAAAUCACUUUAAACUGCAGUGAAAGCUAUUACUUUUAUAGUUAUAAAAGUAUCAAAGGUAACCUCUCUAAGAACCUUCCCUAGUGUCUGUGUUAUUGUGGUUGUUGAUUAUAUGACUUUCUCUAAACGUUUUUAUCGGUGGAGCUAAAAGAAAAAGUUUGUGAGGCCAUGCUUUAAAAAAAUGACAGGAAUGCCUUAAAAGCUUACUUAGAUCUUUAUGAAGAUGGAGGGUUAUUUUAUUGGCAGUUACAUGUAAAGAUAGGUUGCCAGGGCCACUUACUAGGAGUAGAUUUAUAAGUUAAAAACACUACAUUUGAGCUCAAAUUUUACACAGACAUUAUUCAGGUAUGAUGGAAAUUUAAAAGCACAUUCUUGUCUCAUUCAUAAGCAAUGCUACAUACUCCACAGGUCAAAUUUAUUAAAUUUUGUGUUCAAAAUUACUGUUGGCCUUCAUAUUUUUAACAUUAUGUAACAUUUAACAUUGAAGAAAUGUAAAAUGGUUUCCAUGUUUACAUAGCCUGAUGUAAACAUGUGGGAGGUUGGGAGAACACAAGAUAAGCGUAGGAAACCACAACGCGAAGCGGAGUGAUUUCCAGCUUAUCAAGUGUUCUCCCAACCUCCCAAGUGUUUACGUCAGGCUAUGUAAACACAGAAACCAUUUUAUAUUUCUUUUAUAAAAUAACUAAUGAAAGAGCCUCUUCUUGCAAUGAAGGAAAGCAACAUGCUUGUUGUUGUUGUUCAUUUGGCUUUUUGGCCGUUUCUUGAAUACUGAGAAAAUUAAACUCCAAAGAAAAAUUAGGAAAAUGUUCUUCUUCUAUUACUGUACUCAAAACAAACUUAAAGAAACUGAGUUACUGCUAAAUAAAUAGCAGGGAGAACUCCGCGAGAAGAUUCAGUAUGAAAACCAUGUUUACAUGCGCUCAUGUAAAAUGGUUUUAUGGCCAAUCAGAGCGGGCGUACUAUUUGAAUUAUUUUAUAAUACAUAACAUUGUUUUUAACAAACAAUAAAAUUUUUUGGUUUGAUCUGAGCAAUUAAAAACAUUAUUGUCUUGUUUCCAAGGUUUCCAAGGAAGGUUUCUUCACUUCAUGCCUGGGUCCUUAUGUACAUUAUUCUGUUUUACGGAAAAUAACAGUUAACUCGAGCAGGAAAACUCCAAUCAGCCUAGAGAGGCCAGAAAAUAAUUGUGCUUAGAAAUAACAGUUACCUCCAGCUGGGAAACAAAAAUGACAGAACAGCUUGCAGGGGCUGGAAAAUACAAGUAAGUACUGUAAAAGAAGUUACAGUUAACUCCUGCUGAGAAACUGAGAACAGCUGAGAGAGGCUGGAAAAUAACAGUGCUGGAAUACAAGAGUUAUCCACUGCUGGAAUUCAGAAGCAGGAAACUUUUGAAUACUAUCAUGCUACAAUACACUGAGCAUGCAACAAUAUCUUCCAUUGCCUCAACUCCAGUUACUUGUAGAAAGGUCAUCUCUGAACCAUUAAAUAGGAUCUGCUUUUAUUACUAGUUAUGUACAGUUUGCAAUACAUUAGUGAAAGAAAAAAUCUUAACCCUUUAACCCCUAAGAGUGGCCAGCCUCUAAUUUCUCCUUACAAUAUCAUCAAGGAAAUGACCAACAACUUAUAAAGCUCUUGAUUUUUAAACAAAUUCUCCUUGUCAACAGCUCAGGAAAUGUAUAGAGAAUGGUACAGAGAAUAUGCCUAUUGAUGUUAGGGUAUAAAGGUUUGAUCAAUAAAUGUAUGUUUAAGGUAGCAAUCAUAGAUAGCUAGUACUUAUUCACAAAUACUAUAUUUUAUUAGCAGAUUGUAGCUUCAAUGGAUGCCAGAAAUAUGUUUAUGAAAAACUAGCAGAUACUGUUUUGUGCAUUGUGCUGGUGAAGACUGCAGUGCAAGAAUAGGUAAAGAUGGAAUCAAGAAAUGAAAAACAGGUCGGAGUGAGUCCAUUUAGUCCUGGAAAAACCAUGGAAGAGGUUUCUGCUGGUUUUGGUGUUGCUUUUCCUGGUGAGUAUGAAUCAGGAGAUUUUGAGAAGGAUUAUGAUGAUAUGAAUGAUGAUCUAUUUGUUCUCCCCCCUCCUCUUUCACCAUUAGACAUUCAACUAUUGGACAAAGACACAGAGCUGUCAAAUGAAAACAAUAUUCAAGGUAGUUAAUAAUUAUGUUGACCAUUUUCACUCUUUGUCUCUUUGUUUUUGUAAGAUGAGUCUUUUGCUACAUUGUUCCAUAAUUAUUUAUCUCUAUAAACCUUGUUUGUUUUUUGUUAUUUGCUAAUGAAAGCAUUGUGUGCUUUUUUUAUAGCCAGUGAACCAGAUGAUGAAGAUUUUGUCCUGUUUGAGCUCCUCAAGCCUCCCAAAGAUGCUUCUUAUGAAGUAUGCAGAAUUUGUGAGUGAUUUAUAGUUUUCUUCUGUUUAGGUUUUCUCUUACUUUAUUAUUGUUAUUAUUAUUAUUAUUAUUAUUAUUAUUAUUAUUAUUAUUACUUAAAUGUUCUUGUAAGUAUGCUAAGUAGUUUAGGGGAAUAUCAUUAUUAUUAUCAUUAUUUUAUACUAUGCUGAGUUGUUCUUGUAACAUGCCAAGUAGUUUAGGGGAUUAUUAUUAUUAUUAUUAUUAUUAUUAUUAUUAUUACUAUUAUUACAAUUAUAAUUACUAUUGCUUUUGUUUUAUGUGUCCUUUGAUGACCAGUUUUGGAUGUUUUUUUAUUGCCUUAUGUCUGCAAUAAAUUUUAAGGGAAAUUAUUAUAAAUACAUCUAAUGAUUGAUGUUCCUUCUUUGAUUGCUAAAAAUUGCUUUAAAUUUGUUUGGUGGGUUAACAGAAGGAUAAGGUUGUUUUCAUUGUCCCUUGAGUUAAUUCAUAGCAUAUUAUCAUUAACAUACUGAUACUCAAGGUUAGUGGUACUUCAUUAGCAAAGAAGUCCAACCAACCCAAUGAAAGUAGGCCAAAUGUGCAUUUUAAUACCAGUUUUGUAAAGACAGUCUUUCAUCAGCUGAGUGUCAUUAAAGUUUCUUUUCUAAUGGAGACUGAUUUUCUUCACAGAUUCCAACCCUACAGAUUCUCUAUUUGAAAGAAGGAAGGAAGGAAGGAAGGUAUUCCAAGGCCUUAACGCCAUCACUGAGCAAUAUCUUUUCAAACUAAGGAAGGAAAAAGGGAUAAAUGUUCCAAGAGGGUGUUACCAUGCAGUGAUGACAACAGAUGAAAUGAUAAAUUUUGAUUACUGGAGGUAGGUAAGGAUGGAUAGGUCGAGACAAAGAUUUUUCAUUACAAGUGGGAUAGAGCCUUGGAAUUUUGGACCAAGAGACCACAGAUGUGGCAAGUAUCUUAAAGCAAGUUGAUAGUGAUGGAUGGGUCUUAUUGAACAUUACAGAACAGCAUCAUUAUGGAAUGUGGAGAGACUGGAAAUGGAGGCAACUUGAGGAGAAAGACUUUUUGUAAUUUUAAAUAAAAUCAGUAAAGGAAAGCUAUUUGGCACAGUUUAAUACUAAUAAUUAAACACCUAACAGGUGAUGUGUUCACUCUAACAGUUUUAAUUGGGUUUUGAAGCAUGCUUAAUUUAAGUUAUAUCCAAAAUUCCCCAGCUCCAAAUUGUGAAUAGUACCUAGACAUGGCAAGAGAACAUCAAGAGAGAAUGUGACCUCUUAAGCAUGUUCACAUCAGACCCAUGAAUUUGUCCACAAAACCUCCUCGAAGCAGUGUAUCUGAACCACUAAAGAGUCGUUCAAACAGUCGGCGGCCAUCUUUGUCAGAUGAAAAGGAUGUUUUAGUUUUACAGGUGCUGAAAGGUUUUUUUUCAAUUUGUUUUUAUCUCUAGGUUAGUUUGUUGAAGUUUUUCUCUGGUUCAAGUUUUUCUGUCCUGCUUUGUUUGAUAUUGAAAGAAAAUGAGAUUUUGGCUGUGGAUGCAAUAGAAAAAAAAUCAAACUUUUGUACUUAGAAAUGGCAACAUUAUGUGAAUUACACUUGGUGUGUUUCUUUUCUUUGAGUACAUCUGAGGUUUGAUUCCACUAUCACUCCAUUCCCAGAUGUGGAUGCGACAGGUUGAGCUGGGUACUAGUCACUAGUCCACAAUUAUACCUCUUUAACUCCCCACCUGAUCCAGACUUGAUUUCUCCUUACAUUAUCUAAACAAUAUCAAGCAGAAAAGUGAUGGGAAUAAAGAAAAAUAUUAGCAAGGAGUUGAGAUUAUUAGUUGAUCCGAUACUAAAUUCUCCAAACUAAUAUAAGAAUGGUAUGGCAGACAGUAAGAAAAAAGACUGAUGAGAUCUUGGGAGUGAGUAGGUUGAAAAGGGGAUUUCAAGUUGUGACAAGCAAGAGGAAUUUAUGACACAUGUAUCUGAUGAUUCAUUCUAUUUGACUCUUUUUUCUUCAUUACCAGAUAAAGAAUCUUCAAACAGAAGUAGCAUCUCUGAAGAGAGAAGAUAUUGAGACGCCCAAAGCAAUCACGGCUGAUUUAGAAGAACUUGGAAGUAUGUGUUGUUUUGUUGAGAUUUAGCGUCAACAAGUUAAUUGCAAUUGUGGAAACACAAUUUUUUAGACUGCAAGUAGUCUUCAUUGCAUUUUUGACAGGGUUAUUUUUCCAGUCUUCAUUGUUCUGUUGUUUUGAUAACAUUUGAACCAAGCCGGCAGGGUUUGGCUCUUCUCAUAGCAGCUUUCAGCUGUAGCUUGAAAAAUUGGUAGUGCAUAGGCACCUGUAAAGUAAUUUUGCUGGAGAUCUGUGAAAAUUUGAUCCUUGCCAAAAAAAAAUUAUCCUGUUCUGGGGACAAGAAGGGCAUGUCCUUCUCUUAGGACAUCUCUCUCCCGCCUUUCUUUUUCAUAUGGUUGUUCUUUAAGAUUUUCUAGGAUUGUGGGUUCCACCUGUGUAUCAGUACACUUAAAAGGGAAAGAAAAUUCAUACGUUUCCUCAGGGCUAGAUAGUCAGUUUCUUAUGUACGUGUUGCAAAAGCAAGGUUUUCUCGUGUUGGGGAAAGGCUUAGCUUUUCCCAUCUGCAUGAACCAAACUGCAAUGUUAUGUCUUGUCGAACAAAUUCUGUGACAGUGACACCGAAAUAAUCUCCCACCUCUUCUUAUUGUGUUCUUGUGUUGCCAUAAAUGAUAGCUUCAUGGUUAAGUUAAAACUCAUUUCACUUACAUGCACAGGUGAAUUAACGCGUAACGCAGUAAUACAUAACGAAUGCAUUUAUGGAUGCAAACUAACGUAAGUUAACGAACGAUAAAAGUGACGGCCUAGUCGCGUCCUAAUCAUGUGAUUGUAACGUCUACUAAUUGCUGAGUAAAAUUUGUAACAGUUUCAUCACUAAUCUCAUUCUUCGUCUUACUUACCACUUGAAUUAACACGUUAUUAAAACAUGCGUUGCGUUAAAUGACUUAAGGUAAAUUAGAUUUAUUCAAAACAGACGCUGUCUCGCUGAAGUUGAAGGUACUUGCCCGGUGGUAUCAGGGCGCUCCACUGCAGCGAGCCAGCCCUCAGAUUGAAUAUCACCCUCAUGGUUGGAAAAUCUCCGCAACCCAGCUAUGAGUAAGCUUCCCCAACGCCUGUCAACCCUGCUUAGAUCAAAAAAGGGAAUAAGUAAAGGGGGUUGGGUGGGGAAGCGAUUGUAAAAAAGUUACGAAAGUGCCCGGGAUCGCUGGAAGAGCGGCCUUUGCCAAAUUUCUCGACGGCUCAACGAUGUCAGCGGUAACACACUUGCAGCGUUCCACGUAAUCUUGCACCUGUGACAAUGACUGCUGACCGGAAAGGCCCGCUUUGCCUUGUGAAAUUGCCGUUGAACGUAUUCCAACUUGUAUUUAGGUACAAAGUGUCAGUAUUUUACAAAUUAUUGUGCUAUCUUUCCCUUUCCUUCCAGGAGAAUUUAGUAGGCAAAUAAAUGAUUUCAAAAUAAAGCUGCAAAAAGCAGAGCAGGACAAUGCGCGGCUUGAAGGACUUGUAAGUAAAACUGAAUGGCUGAAAUAGCUUAAACUCAUCUCCAUGCCACUUGUCAAUCAGUCAGUCAUUUGAAAGAAGAGAGUAUUGGACAAAACGCUUACUAAGUCGAAUUCAUUUAUCGAAAUUCUUGUCUUAUCCUCACAAGUGACACUGAGCCUAUUUCAAACUCUUACAUAGGAAUACGCCAGAAGGAGAGAAGAAGGUUGUGUGACGAGUGCAAGAAGUUCUCUAAGGGAUAAACUUUCUAGUUUAAGUAGUGCCUGUGAAAAUAUAAGAGAGGGUUCAGGGUUUUCUUUAAGGUUUUAAGUAGCCGGAGCUUUUUUAAAGGUAACCGGCUGUGGGUCCGGAGUGGUCCCGAAACUGCUCUUUCCCAGUUUCCUGCUCGCAUAAUUAUGUAUUCAUAUCUCGAAAUCCAAUAUGGCGGACAAAACGUCAUAUCGUUCGUACUUUCCUGCCACCGCAGCAAGAUUUGUCAAAAAGACAGUCCCCAUCAGAACGUUUUUAAACUAACCUUGGGUCAGAAGUCUUUUUAUGUUUUCAGAAAAGAUAGGCAGUGCAAAUUUAUAUUCUUAUUGAGCCCAAGUUUAGACCUGAUAAACAUCAUGACUGUACGGGCUCUCGAAGCAAUGAAAGUAGCCGGCGAAACCUUGCAGAGAAGCCGGCGUACUUCGCCGGCUGCCGGCUCUUAUCUACAACCCUGGGGUUACAUUCAAACAUUCGUAUAAAGUUGAUAUUCAGUAACCGCCCCUAGCCGCUUUAGGGACUUCGUCGUAGCGUUGCGGCGAUGCAUAAUUUUUGGUUUCUUUCAAAUGAGUUUUAAACCGAGCAAACAACCCUCGUUAGCGGGAUUCUUGGAGGCUGUUGUCGAAUUUCAACUGAAGAAUAGAAAAGCAAGUGAUAUUAAUGAUAAUUUGUCGUAAUGUUGAAUGGACAGGUCUGUAAACUGCCUUAAAUUGGAGUUGUUGAAUGUACCUAGUACAUGUUAAGUGAUCAAGUUAAACCCCCGAACGUACCCUAACAUACCUGCUUACUGGAUGCGUAGGGGGAACAAAUACCUUCCUUCUUUGCAAGAGAACUUGAAGAUUUCUGACCGAAGGAGUUUAGUGCUAACUGUUACAAAUUGUUAAUCAGCCAAAAGCGGAACUUAAGUCACUAAAACUAGGAGAAAUCUAUCUCAUGCAAUUGUCCAAAACAACACUUCUCCCUUGGUACGUAAUUUCUUUCACUAUCUCAGUGAUUUUACAAUGAUUUCUGCAGGCCCAAGGCAAAACGGCAAUAAGUGGUCAUUUCGCUUUCUGUCGCAGAGAAGUGUUGCGUGACAGACAUUGCGUGAGUUUCUUCUGUGUUCUUCUUUACCGUCCAUUAUUGACUCGAAUGUGAAAUCUGCUCUAGGUGGCGAGACUGGAAAGUCAAGUGAAGCGUUACAAGACUCAGACGGAGGCCGCGGUGAGAACUCUAUCUUAAGUUCUAAGAUGUCAGUUUACCCAUAGUGCCGUUCUUGUAGUUUCUUAUUUUCUUUUUUUAUCUGAUUCCUCAAGUUUACAAUGUCAAAACUUCUCUUUCUCACAGGAAGCGACGGAGGAUUCUGUUAAAGCUGAAAAAAGAAAGUUACAAAGAGAGGUUUGUGUUAAUGCGUGUUUCUAGAUUGUUUUCUAGCUCAUUACUCACCCUCCGCUCCCCCUUUCCCCUUUCCCCCUUCCCCUCCCCCUCCCUCUUUCCCCUCCCCCUCCCCCGACUCCAUAGUGCUAAUUCUGAAAGAUUACCACUUUGAAAUCAGAAGUUCUGGGGGUCGAAUCUUCACGGGGGACGCGAAAGUGUUUUGUGUCCCAAGCUCCUGACAAAUAUUCUUGGAAUUACAGAGACGUAGAAACUUCACGUAAUGCCCUUUUUGUUGUUGUUGUUAUUAUUGAUGUUGUUGUUGUUGUUUGCGUUGUGGCAAGUUUUCGUUGCUCUUAUUCUAUUUCUCUCCCUUUUUAUUGCAGCUUCGUAAAGCUCAAGAUGAAAUAGGCGAAUUACAGACCGUUAACGAUCACCUUCAGAAGAGAUUCGAUAAACUAAAGAGCAAAAGAAAAGAUGACACGUAGUGCAUGUAGAUAUAGUUUUGUUACUAAUUCAGGGAACAUUUGUAUGUCGAAUUGAAUGAACAGAACCGACAUAUCCAGUUUGAUCUGAGGCGAACAGGCCUGUUUGUGCAAUAAAACAACAUCGGUCGUUAUCACUUCCCGAUGAGUUUUGCCGUCAUUAACUGUCACUGUCAUUGUCAUAGUUUGUCUGAUUGGCUGGAAAUAGUUAACAAAGUGCCUCAGAAGGUUAACAAAAUAGCAGAGACAGUGAUUGAUGAAAAAUGACACCUGAGAGUACCAUAGAAGAUAAUUUUAUAAGCGCGAGGUUAUUUUAUAUUUUCCAACGUGAGAUAGACGCAUUUUCGUAAGGGAAUGUAUAAUAACUCGAGGGAAUGGUGUGGAAAACGUAAUGCCGUUUGUGGCUUACUUACUUAUGGCUUGCAGACCAUAUUAGUAGAUAUGAAGCUAUUUUUCCACAAAUAGUUUCCUUUCAGUUAAAUAGGAACACAUAAUACCUUUUGAAAUGGCUUUAACAGCAUUUUGAUCGCUUUCAAUGAGUAGUAGUCAAUAAACCUGGUAUUCAAGCCAAAGUACGGAGUGGAAA